AUGCAAUGCCGUACAAUUGAGUUGACAGCACUCAACCGGACGAUGCUACUAGAUAUUAUUACAGAAUAUGCGGCAAUUAUCGCCCUCAGUAUUUGCUUCGCUCACGCCACCGUGACUGAUAUACCUGCCAUAUUCCCAGCAAUUCCGGCAGUGGCUUCAUUCGAGGCCGUCGAUACGACCCAAUAUUUCAAACGGAGCCCUGACGACUUCAUCCAUCCCGGGAUUUGGCACACGCACGAGGAUCUUGAGCGCAUUCGGGAAAAUGUCCUCAACAAUACGGAGCCUUGGGCAUCGACCUACCAGCUUUUCCGUGCCGACCAGUAUUCCCUCGUCAAUUACACGAUGGAAGGGCCCUUCGCCGUAAUUUCCCGGGGUCAGACCAGUAACUACUCGUCAUUCGCGCAUGACGCGCGCGCCGCAUGGCAGAAUGCCCUGAUGUGGUAUAUCACCAAGGACCAGUCGCAUUGGGACCGCAGCACCAGCAUCCUGGACGCGUGGGGGUCGAACCUGACGGAUAUUAUCGGCAUUGACCGAUCCCUCUUGAUCGGAGUGGAUGGGGACCUGUUCGUCAACGCGGCUGAGAUCAUGCGAUGGGAAGGGAACUGGACGGAGACGGGUGCCGAUGGCAGGGGGGAAGUGGGUUUAGCAAUCAGCUGUACUGGUUCUUCUCACUGCAGUCGGCGUUGUACAAAUACGCGAUUCACACGUACAUUCAGGACCGUUACACUAGGUUAUUCGCCCAUGUAUCACCCGGAAACCGGACAGUCGGUAGAAGCUGGGCGCGAUCAAGAUAAAUUCCUUUGCCACACAAUGUCGGGAAUCGGCUGGUCGGCAUAUGGCGCUCGGGUUGGACAAAGCCAAGGCAGCGAUCUUUAUAGCCUUGGGAGGGCUUUGUUACUCCAAGCGGCCGAGUACGCCGCAAACUAUAAUCUGAACCACACGGUUGUGUAUAAUCCCCAAUGGUAUCAUCUCCUGUACUAUGAGUAUGUAGUGAGGCGGGGGAACCAGGGACCCUGGACUGCGGCAGCCAAAGAGGCCCAGGGGUUGGCAGGUGGAGUGACCUCCAACGACCAUCCGAGUUGGGGGGAUCUGAUCUGGGCAAGGCACGUUAAUGUUCAUUAA